AAUGUGAUCUUCCAUAUGACUUUCUAUGUGAUAUUUUUUCCGAUAUCAAGAUCGAUAUUUUCUUGCCAUGAAAAACGAUGGAAAAUAUGCAUUUUUAUUGAAUUUAUUGAAGCACAUGCAAACUUUCACCGACAGCAAAAACAGAGAGUGAAAGAGCCCCGAGUGCAAUAUAAACAAGAAAAAAGGCGCGAACUGCGCCUAAAGCGAUUCUGGCGCUCGCCGAAAACAACCUCCUCGGACGACUCCACGGGCUAUGAGAGUCCGACGCGAACGAAACCAGCAGCAGCAAGUGCCAGCAGCAGCGAUGGGCAGCGUUUCAAUCAUCUGCACUACACCAGCCUAUCGCAGGGCUCUGGCACCUCAUCCUCGGCGGGACCGGCGUGUCUCGGUCCAGGGGGUGGUCUGACCGCAUCCACCACUGGGGCAGGGUCAUCCGGGAACAACAAGCCAUCCUGUUCGCUGCCACUGCUCCAGGUGUGGCCCAGCCAGGACUCACCGCGCGGCGAGGCCGAUGGCCAAUCCUUCAUAUUCCCCGCCAUCGUGGAGACGAAUGUCAGCAGCAGCCUCCUGGCCGGAGGGAGCAGCAGCAACCUCAAUCUGAAUGCCCGGCGCAGCCAGAAUCAUCUGACCCUCAGCACGGAUCGGCGCAGCUCGCUAUACUGUGAUACCCUACACGCCGGCGACUCGGGCAUCGACUCGGUGCAGGCAUCGCCUUCGCCCAACGCCUUCAUUGCCCCGCCAGGUGUGCUGAGCCUCCCCAUGGGUCGAACGGGCGGUGGAUCGUGCCACGUAUCGCCCACAAGUACGCCUACCCAGGGCUCCCCGAACCUGUCGCUGGGCCGGCGGGGCAUCAGGAACAGCAUCUGUGUGGUGCCCAGCGGCGAUGGUGGGAGGCGCAAGUCUAGUGCCCUGCUCCACCCGGAUCAUGCCAGGCUGUUCGCGUUGAGGAUGAAGCAUGCGGCGGCUCUGGAACGGGCGCAGACAUCGCCAGACCAAACCUCCAUCGAGGAUGCCAAUGAGUUCCAUGACAACGGACUGGCCACCAAUCUGCGGCUGUGCUCGGCCGCGUCAUCGACGACGUCGUCGCUAACAUCCGUGGCAGCGGUCAGCCUGGGCGGAUCCGGCGGUGGCGCUGCCGGUGGUGGUGGCUGUGUGGUCGGGCUGGGCAUUGGCAGCGGCGGCCUGGCCACCAGCAGCGGCAGCGGUGGCGCCUGCUCCUCCGGCUCCGCCUAUGCUGUGGGCGCGGCGGGCGUCCAGCAGCGCGUCUCCGAUCCGUGGCUGCAGCCACAAUCGGAUCGGGAGCGAGACUCCCGGCAUGAUGGCCGUCGACGUUCCUCAACGAUGACCGCCCGCUACUCCCUCUUCGAUGCCCUCGACCUGGAGUACGUCCUACUGAGGGCCGCAGCCAGGGGUUCGGUGGGUCCGUACAGCCUCAGCGAGUCCAUACACAAGCUGACCUUCACCCAAUCCCUGGCAUUUCCCGCUCUGGCCCGUGGCCUGGCCACCAAGCGUCGCCGAUCGGCGACGCACACGAGCUCCAGGCCCCUGAAUCCGCACGAGUCCGGGCUGAACACCUGCGCCAAGGUGGUCACUGCCGUGGUCCUGGUGGCGCUCUCCUUCAUGGUAUUCUUGAUAGUGUACAAGUUUGUGCGGACGUGAGGUUUGCUCCUGGCCCCGUCGCCAGAGUUGCCAGUCACAUAUCAGGCCAACUACGGACUGGAUGAUUCCUCAUCAUCCAUCAUCUCAUCAGCUGGCCGCAGUCUGGGCAAACACAUGUCGGGGUUCAGGAGCAAAUUAGGUCUGCGGGAGGCCGACUUUGAGUGAUCCCUUCUGAAAGGGAAAGCAGUAGAGAACGCGUAGGCAGACGUAUGUAGAUGUAGGUGCAGAUGCAGGUGCAGGUGCAGAAAAAGUGCGUAUUGAAAAUUUUUGUGAUAAACUAUCAAUGAAAAGCAAAUUUUCCACAAAAGAAGAAUUCAAAACAAAACCAAUAACGAAAACAAAACUAAGCAAAUGGAUAGAUAACAAAUUAAAGGCUUAAACAAUUAGUAAACCGCUUCAAGAGGCUUGCCAGAGUUUCAUAUAAAAAUAAUACAAAAUAAUAUUUUUUUAUAUAUAUAAAAAUCGAAUCGCUGCUCGCAUUUCCUAGGCUCCUACUUAGCAAAAAGAUUUUAUAAUAGAACUCUAUAGACUCCUCCUCCCCUCCCACAAAGAAGACAAGGGGGCAAGGAAACAGAAACUGAAACGGAAACCAUUUCACUGUUUGCAGUUACAGUUACAGUUACAGUUACAGCUGAGAAGUGCCUAACUUUUUGAACUUCUGGCUAUUUUUAUUCCCGUAAAAUCGAAUUUAUCAAUCAAUCGGCAGCUGCUUUGAAGGGAAAGGACUCCCUCUAGGGAAGGUACUUUGGUGGAGGGCAUUGGAAGGAUAUGUGAUGAUGGAUUUUGAGUUAUUUGUGCGCAAUCGGUAAGAUUUUCAUCAGAACUUUGGUUAUAAAAUAAAACAUAUUCCUGCUAAAACCUCCCCACAUUUUAAUGUAAUUUCUAUUAGUUCAACACUUCAUUUUGAUAUCUGAUAUUUGUAUUUAUUUCCUGAAACCUUUUCCGACCCAUCAACAUUCCUUGCCAGCCUCCAAGAACACCAUGUUAACAACAUUUUAGUGCUGAAUAAUUGGCUUUAGCCCUUAAGCAACAGGAAACCCCUUGCUUGGAAGAAGUGGAGAUCAAUGUAACCUACCAGUAAAUAAUGUACUGUACUGUACUGACCUGUUAGAUGGCUGAUUGCAGGGCAGACAGACGAAAUAUGGAAAUCCAGGCAUAUUUAAACAACAUAUUUACGGUAGCUAUAUAUACAUACAUAUGUACUAUAGUUAUACAAGCAAAAUAUAAGUAUAUAUACGAGUCUAUAUGUAGGUACUACGAGCAUAGUAUUGUAUGUACAUAUGUAUGUGGGUGUUUAUAAACGUAUAUAUUUAAGCGGCUUAAAUGUGACAAAGCACUUGCUGAAAUACCAAUACAAAAGAAAACUAUCUAACUCUA